UCCGCUGCCACCCGGAAGUUCACUGAGGUCCCAUCUCCCGUGCACUUCCGUCGUUCGUCCACCUGCGGCCUGUGAGGCGGUGGGGCCGCAGGGGACUUGGGCCGGGAACGGACAUGAAGUGAAAUGGCUGGGUCAUUGCCAGUCUGACCUGCAGACCCUGAGCGACAGAUGAAUGGAUUACUCUGACACAAAGUUUGCUGUGAAAGAGAGGCCUAAGGACUCAGUGGCCUUUGAGGAUGUUAAUGUGGAGUUUACCAUAGAGGAGUGGGCUUUCCUGGAUCCCACCCAGAAGAAAUUCUACACAGAUGUGAUGCUGGAAAUCUUCUGGAACUUGGCAUCAGUAGCAUGUAUUUUAGAAGAAGAAGGUGAAGACAAUGACACUGAAGAUAAAUAUGAAUAUCAUGGGAUGAAUCUUAGCAGUCAUACGGUAGAGAGAGUCUGUACACAGAAGGAUGGUAUUCGAUGCAGAGAAAACUUCAGGCAGAUUCCAAAUCAUAAUGAAGAGAGGGAAACAACUACUGAAAUAAAACAACCUAAAGUCACCUUGUGUAGGCAAAUAUUCAUGCUUUACUUAUCCUUGAAUAAUCACCUGAGCUCUCACAUUGGACCCAGACUAUGUCAAGAAUAUGAAGAAAACCCUUAUGAAUGUAAGGAAGCUGAGAAAGCUUUCAGGCAUUACCACAAUAUUCGAAUCAAUGAAGGCAGUCCCUGUGGGAAAGCUUUCUACUAUUCAACCUCCCUUAGAAAUCAUGAAAGAACUCAUACUGGGGAAAGACGCUAUGAAUGUAAAGUUUGUGGUAAAGUUUUCUCUUAUUCAACUUCCCUCCAAAAUCAUAAAAGAACUCAUACCGGGGAAAAACCGUAUGAUUGUAAACAAUGUGGAAAAGCCUUUUUUACUCUACGUGCCUUCCGAUAUCAUGAAAGAAUUCAUACUGGGGUAAAACCCUAUGAAUGUAAGCAAUGUGGGAAAGCUUUCAUGGUUCUAAGUACCCUCCAACGUCACGAAAGAAUUCAUACUGGGGAAAAACCCUAUAAAUGUAACUAUUGUGGCAAAACUUUCACUAAUGUAUCUUCUGUCCAUUGUCAUGAAAGAAUUCAUACUGGGGAAAAACCCUAUGAAUGUAAGCAAUGUGGGAAAGCUUUCCUUGCUCUAGGUGCCCUCCGAUAUCAUGAAAGAAUUCAUACUGGGGAAAAACCUUAUAAAUGUAACCAUUGUAGUAAAGCUUUCUCUUAUGCAUCUUCCCUCCGAUGUCAUGAAAGAACUCAUACUGGGACAAAACCCUAUGAAUGUAAGCAAUGUGGGAGAGCUUUCUUUGCUCUAGGUGCCCUCCAACGUCAUGAAAGAAUUCAUACUGGGGAAAAACCCUAUGAAUGUAAGCAUUGUGGCAAAACUUUUGCUAAUGUAUCUUCUGUCCAUUGUCAUGAAAGAAUUCAUACUGGAGAGAAACCCUAUGAAUGUAAGCAAUGUGGGAAAGCUUUUGUUGCUCUAAGUAACCUCCGACAUCAUGAAAGAAUUCAUACUGGGGAAAAACCCUAUAAAUGUAAGUAUUGUGGCAAAUGUUUCGCUAAUGUAACUUCCCUUAAAUGUCAUGAAAGAAUUCAUACUGGGGAAGAACCCUAUAAAUGUAAGUAUUGUGGUAAAGCUUUCUCUUCUCUAACUUACCUCCAAUGUCAUGAAAGAAUUCAUACUGGGGAAAAACCCUAUGAAUGUCAGCAAUGUGGAGAGGCUUUUUGUCUUUCCCAAUCUCUUAGAAGUCAUAAAAAUAUGCAUGCUGGGGGGAAAUCCUAUGAAUGUAAGCAGUGUGGGAAAGCUUUUGUUACUCUAGACACCCUCCAACAUCAUGAAAGGACUCAUGCUGGGGAAAAACCCUAUGAAUGUCAGCGGUGUGGGAAAGACUUCAGCUGUGCCUCACAUCUUCAAAGACAUAAAAGAACUCACAAUGGAAAGAAGACUCAUGAAUAAGAAAUGAGGUAAACUGUGUUUUGCCAACCCUUUUCUCUUAGUGGAGAGAAACCACAUCAAUGCAAGGAAUGUGGUAAAGCCUUCAGCAUCCCAACUGGUUUUCACAGACAUUUGAAAAUAAAAUGUAUUGAUAAACACUGUUAAUGUAAAGAAUAGCCAAGAGCCUUCAUUUCUCUCUCAGUUGUGCCAUCAUGUAUGGAUUAUCAUAUUGGAGAUGGACCCUAGAAAUGUAAGAGUGUUAGAAAACAUUCGUUUCUUCCAUUUUAUUGUAAAGGAUGAAAGAGAAGGCCUGUCAAGUAAAGAGAAAGCCUGCCAAGUAAAGAUUGUAGAAGAGCUUUUGGCCAUCCUAGUUCUUUACAAAAUCAUGAAGGGACUCACCCAACAAUAAAUGUACGAACAUAAGGAAUGUUGGUGAGCCUUUCUUGGACAUGUAAGAAUGCACCUGAAGAAGUAAUGUAAAUGUAUAUAGAAGGUGGGAAAGCCUUCAGCUGUCCCUUUUCAUUGGAAAGGUCAUAAAAAAAAAAACCCUCAAAAUUGAGAAUUGUAUUUAAUGUAAAAAUGUAGGAAAACCAUCAUGUUGCUUUAUGUCCCUGCAAUAAUACAAUGUGAAAAUGUACAUUGGAUAGAUACUGUAUAAUUGCCUAUUU